UUCCUCGAAGCGAUGAGCACGACAAAAUCGAUAAAAAUCAAUUCAAAUUCAAGUUUGACGGAGAGCAAGAAGACAACCAUUGAUGAUGAGGACGAGCUGAUUUUUCGAAAAUCUUCGGAUCCCGAGCCGUAUCAACUGGGAAAUGCUCCAGAAUGUGUUUAUUCUGGAUGGAAUAUUUUCAUUGGAAUAUUCCUCUUAUUCACUACGAUCUUCUUGGCAUCAGGAUCGGUCGCAUCUAUUGUAACUCAAUGCUUUGGACUGGCUUAUAUAUGUGCUGGCCUACUGACAUCUGUUCUUAUUCUCAAGUCGACACGUGUGAUCUUUGCGAUACUGACUGUGUUCUCGGCUAUAACAAUUAUAAUGACUUCUUUGACUAUUUUGGGAUUCGUUUAUUCAAUUGAAGGAUCUAUGCCAAUGCCAGAACUUAUGUUAAAAAAUCCAACAUUGGAAAUAAUUCUAGGAGGUUUACUUACUGUGCACAUUGGGUUGAAUGUCUUCUGUUUCUUUGUAUUUUUGAAGAGAUCUUUUAAAAGUGAAGUAGCACCGGAGCAUGGGAAUAUUGAAAGAGCAAAACGUGCAUCUGCUCCAAUAAAAUUGGAAAAGGAAUCUGGAGAAGUUAUUGUGAUGGAUUAUUUUUGAAAGAAGAAUAAAGAAUUUUAUUC